AUGAGCGACGAAGAAAGGAAGAAGCAAAUAGAGGAGCUCACCAAAACGCUCAAGGAAGGCGAGAGGCUCGUGGGCCCCACAAGACGGCCCGACGGAACCCUCCGAAAGCCCAUCCGCAUCCGUGCCGGCUACACUCCUCAGGACGAAGUCGCAAUUUAUCAGCCCAAGCCCGCCCUCUUGAAAAAGGAGAUGGGCUCCGCCGGGCCUCCCGGGUACAAUCCCGACCCCGUUGCGCGGCCCAGGACCAAGUCCGUCAAGAGGAACGAGAAAAAGAAGGAGAAGCGGCUCCAGGCUGCGAUUGAAAAGGAUAAAAAUUUAGAAGGUGGUGCGAGUGAAGAUAGUGGGAAGAAAGAAUCUUUGGAGGCAUUGAACUCGCAGGUAAAUAACUUGUCUUUGGAAGAUUCGACGCAACAAGGCCAGGACAUAGACAAGAGAAUUCGAACGCUCAAAAAGAAGAUUCGACUUACAGAAGCAUUGGAGCAGAAAAGUGUAGAGCAAGAUCUGAAUCCAGAGCAAUUGGAAAAACUAGCAAAACUAGAAGAUUGGCGCAAGGAGUUAAAGCAAUUGGAGGAUGAGAAGGCUGAAACAACCGUGUCAUGA